CGGAGACGAAGCUUCGAGGCAGUUGACAGAGAAAGGUGGCCAACAUGGAGCCACGCCGGUCGAGCAUCGGAUAGAGCAGUCUAACACAGAGACAGACAGAAUCGCAACUGGGACUCUCUUCACGGAUACAUCAACACUCUUCGAUGAAGACGCUCCUUUAGCUUCUCUUUCAUCAUCACGUGACGUGGCUGAGAUGAAAAGAAAAGUGAUAGAGGAUUGUCGUGAAGAUACUGACAACUUUGAUCCAGUCGUGGACGCCUGUACUCCUCGCAAGACCGGAAAGAAUGAUGCCAUUGUUGACUACCUUGACGAGAACCAAAACAUCAGGACACGGUGCAUGCAGAAACACCAAAACCAAUCUGGCUCGUCAUCCUCGUUCGACGGCAAGAGCACUUGGAGCAAUAGCACGCCGUCAUCGACAAGAAAGAAAAACCGUUCCUCUUGCAUUCGUCUUGGAGCUGAGGAGCCGGCUGGCAUAGAGCGAGACUCAUAUCCUGGGACGAUGAGCGGAGUACGCGGUGGCCCUACUCGAGGUCAGCAGAGUGGCUUUGCGGCUAAGGGUCAGCAUCGCAGUUGCUUUGCCUCUGCAAAGCAGCGCUUCAUGCCAGACGAAACGCCUGAUGCACAGACGGGAGGAGGCAGGAGCAAGGAUGAACAAUCGAAGCGUAUAGAACGCAUCGAAUCUCAACGAUGUUGGUUUUGGGGUGGUUUUUCUUCGUCACGUCUGCUGUUCAGUGACCCACCCCCCUGGCGGGAUGAGCGCGGGUUCGCAUGCGAAGCCCCCAAGUCUGUUGAAAAUGGCAUUCGCUACCGGUGGGAGGUCCGCGUGUCUCCUGUCACUGAUGACAACGGAUGGAGCUACAGCCGCGCAUUUUCUGCGAAGCGCCAUGUUUUGACGAACAAGGCUACCUACAAGUCUAUGUUUCGCGAGCGAAGGCAUAUAGGCAUGCCCAUUUUGGAUUUUGACGAAGACGACGUCUCCUCUUGCGCAGGCUCAUCAAGUAUUCUCUCGACUAACUACGUCGGGGACCAGCUACACACAUCGACAAACACUCCGAGCACGAUUUUUUCUGGAUCUUCAAACAUGACGCUUCUUGAUGAUCGAGAAACCGAGAAUAACCGAGGGGGUGCUGGUAAAAAAAUGAACGUUCAUACAUUCAUAAGUCGCGACUGUCAAGGCGGUUCUAGUGCUCGAAAUGGUAUCCGCGACGAGAUAAAUUUUGCAGGGGACUCGGCCUCCAGCACAUCUCGCACAAGGGACAAUCACAAAGCGGGAGUAUAUGCCAGGAACGGAAACGACCUAGCAGAUAGCAGAAUCGAGGGCUUCGCAACCUGGAAGACGGGCAUGCGGUCUGUAGCUGGCGAGACAAGCGAGGAUGCAAGUCCACGGCUACGAAGAGUAGUUGUGAAUGUAAAUCACGGUUUUGGGUUCGGUGAUGGGAGCUUGCUCGAUGCGCAGGGUGAUAAGCAUCAGGGUAGACAUCACGUUGAUCACCACGUGAAAAAUAGUUACAUGCUGCGGGAUGACAUCAACAGUGUUGUAAGCGGAGGCUUUCUGAUGUCACACGAGAACGAGGGCUCCUCUGGCGGAGGUGGUGGCGGUGCCUUUAACGCUGCGCGGCGCUUCUUUUCAUCGGAGAAAAGCGAGAAAAGCGGGAAUCGCAAUUUCAUUCGAGAAUUCUGGGAUCGCAACCUUUUGCGUUUCAACAAGCACGAACGCAAGUUUCUCUUCUGGGCGGACUACAUCGAGCGCCGUAACAAUUUGUUCGAGGGCAAAUACGCGCACAUUUCUCAAAUUCUCGCUAUACUGUUGUUCGCUUUGAUGCUUUUGGCAACGUUCGUGCCUGCGCGGCUCCUGAUACUGAUUUUCCUUGUGCGCCGUUUUCGCAAGGGCUACAAGAGUGGCAAGUACAGCCGUGCCAACCGCGAACUGGUCUUGUCGGAACUGAAAAAUGAAGCGCAACACUGGUGCGUGGAUCGACGUCAGGUCCGACGAAUAGAACGGUGGACGCGACAGACAAAAAUGACCGAGGUGUUCAAUCUCACUACGACACUAGCACUCCGUGACUGGAUUCACCGGCGUUACUUUCGGAAUGCCUAUCCUCUACCGGUUUCCCAUCUACAGCAAUUUCAAACCCUAGACGACUUGUUGAAACGCGUAGUUUCCGAAAGUCUCUGCUUUCUUCGCAAUCGGGAGCGUCCCCGUUCUAUGUGGUGGCGCGGAGGCUUCUUUCACUCAUUCCUAGAUCACGUGCCAUCCAAUAUCAACGAAUAUGACCCAGAUUCCAUCCUUUACUACGGACACCGAUACCAGGACUCAGACGAGAUUUAGCGCAGGAAAAUUCGCGACCACCAUCGAGAUGUCCUUUCCCUUCCUCUUUUUCAAUUCCAUCGUCAUUCAACAGAAUCACCAACACUAUCUUGUGAUCUUGUCUACUUGUUUGAUAAAUAUGAAUAUGUUUUCUUUUUUCAAGCGCGAUUUUGCUAUGUUGAUGAAAAUCAAGGAAAACAUGAUAAUCUUCAUGCCUGCAGGCAAAGGCAUAAUUCCCAGGAUGCAGAGGCCGAGAAGUAAAU